AUGCGAGCCCCACUAACGAGACGUGAGCGUCCUGCCCGGCGUAACGCCAAUUAUCGUCGAGAACCGGAACCAUCCAAGGUGUACAAUCGUGUGUUGGACACUGGUGAGAUAGAGUCUGAAGCAGCGUCAAUUGUCAGUUCUGAAGAUAAAACAACAGAAGACCGCGUUGAGGAAGCAUAUUUUGAUUUUGAAGUACAACCGUCUGCACGGAAAGGAGGACGAGCAAGAUCUAUGGCGUCAAUGCAAUCAAAGACAAAGCGCAAACCUCCGUCUAGAUCGACGCGUCUGCAACAAAAACAAGUAAAAAAGAAAGAUAUUUUUAAUAUGGAUUCGGAUAGUGAUAAUAUUCCGGAUUCUUCAUCAUCAAAUACUACAUCGAAAAAGAGUGGGCGAAUAAUAUUGACAAAGCGACAAAGAGCAAAACUUAACAACGAAGAAUACCAACAUGACUUGCUUGAAUUGCCUAUGGAACCGACGCGAAAAAAGCACCUCACUGAAGAAGAGAUCGCAUUGAGAAAAUCUGAGACUGCACGCCGAAGAAAACAUCAGAGCAUUCAACGUGCAGAACAAGAUAAAAUGGACACUAUCAAUCGUCUUUUGAAAAAACAAAAUACCAAGAGACGCAGUAAAGAGCAAGAGGACACCGAUCUUAAUCAAGAGAAUCAAAAGGAUGGUGGUGUACGAAAGUCAUUGGUAGCCAAUACAUUUCAUUAUGUCAAUAAUAGAGAAGGAAGCACACUCUCGGUUCCGAUUGGUGUCUCUAUACCUAUUCCAUUUGAUAAAGGACCAAACUAUCCUCCUCCACUACCGCUGUGUUCUCAUCCUGGAUGUGAGAACCUGAAAAAAUACAGAAGUGUAAAGAAUUACAAAUACGCUUGUUCAAUGGAGCAUUUGAAAAGUAUAGAAGGGAGGUCAUAG